GAUAACAGAUUGGGGUAUAAAAGUUUAGCUCGCAUGUCACGCCUUAUAGCAAGUGUACACGUUAUAUUUUUCUCACAUUAGUAGACAGACAAGCAAGAGAGAAUCAAACGGUGUCCUUGCCGAGCAGUGAACUACAACUACAAGACACAAGACAGAGAAGAUGGCGUUACGUCAUGGAGUCCUCUAUCUGGUCCUGCUAGCCGUGGUCCUAGUGGUCAGGGUGGAGUCCGGCAAGAACUGGGUCCUGAUAGUCGCCGGGGCCAAGGAUUACAACAACUACUUCUCUCAGGCGGACUCGUGCCACGCCUACCACACAAUGCUCAACAACAGCAUCCCCCCAGAGAAUAUCAUCCACAUGUCUUACGAUGACGUAGCUCACGACCCCCAGAAUCCCUUCCAAGGAAACCUCAUCAACGUCCCUGGAGGGCCGAACCUUUACCCUGGAUGUAAAAUGGACUACCGAAAGGAAGAAGUGACACCGGAAGUCUUCCUUAAAGUUCUCACUGGAGACAAGGAGGGUGUGAAGAAGCUGAUUGGACGAGACGGUAAGGUGGUAGACAGCGGUCCUGACGAUCACGUGUUCGUUACAAUGGUUGAUCACGGAGGUCCAGGGGUCUUCUGCUUCCCAGGUUUUGUUGAGCUGCACAACACUGACCUCAACAACGCCCUCAAGCAGAUGCACAGAGAGAAUAGGUACAAGGAGAUGGUGCUUUAUGUGGAGUCCUGCUACUCAGGGAGUAUGUUCGAGGGUAUUCUCCCGAAAAACAUAAAUAUCUACUCUACCACCUGCUCCAAUGCCCACGAGUCGGGAUAUAUGUGCUGCUGGGAUAAAACCCGUGAAGUGUACCUAGGCACUCAAUACGGCAACGCCUGGAUGUACGACACAGACAAGGCAAAUCUCCACAAGGAAACACUCUACCAGCAGUACGAAGUGGUGAAAAAAGCUUGCAACGUUUCAGGAACAGUGAGUCACCCUAUGCAGUACGGAAAUCUGAGCAUGAACAAAGAAGUCCUCGCUCAGUACCAGUCGAAAGCGGAGGGAUACCAACCCGGUGUCUGUCUCAAUACACUGGAAGCAGAUAAUACUCUGGGGCCAGAGUUCACCUUCGCCGGCAUUGACCUCAAUAACCCCGCCAUUGACAUGGUUCAAAUCGCCACCACGGCCCGUCGACUCAUCGAGUCACGUGAUCUCAGUGGUGAGAAGCAGGAAAAGCUCAAGGCCGACUUACGUCACAUGAUGCUGGUCAAGGAAAAAGCCGAGUCAUUGACCAAAGACCUGGUCAAGGCAGCCUUGUCCAGCCCCAGAGGUCUGACGGAGACCGACAUACUGACCGGCAAAGAGCAAGUAUCUAACUCUGAGUGUUACAAGACCGCCCUGGGCCUCUUCUCUGCCCGAUGUCCGGGCAUUAACAUGGGGAAGUACCCAUUCGCCAGGAGAAAUCUACAGGCCUUUAUCAACCUCUGCAACCACCAGCCCCAGACUGACGUCAUGAACGCCAUCAUGGAGGUCACGGAGAAAUACGGAAUUUGCCGAGCUCUGUAGACCCGUUGUAUUGAGUCGUUCCCAGUUCCCGACUGUAACCCCUUCCACUGAUUUCUACUUCUUUACCUAAAUUAUUUCUGAGUUGGUUAAUUUUUGUUGUUAGUAGCUUUUAUCUUUUUAAAACAGGUUUAAGUAACAAGAUGUUGUAAUGUACAGUGUUUCGGCCCUUUUCCUGGUCUAAUGUUGACACAUAUAUGGCAAUCUAAUUAUUUUGAAAUAAGGAGGGGAGAGGAUAGAGGAGAUGGUAGUUUUAAGGGUUGAAAACAAUGUAAGGUCCGUUUUAUUGGUGACACUUUUAGAUGUAAAAUACCGCCAAACCUUAGGAUGAGCAUAAAGAUAAUUGUAAUGCAGGGCUGUCUGUAUAAAAGGGUUAUAAUAUACUAUGUCAAUUAACCCGGAAUACCUAGUGUCAAAAUAAAUGGUUGUGAUGUUUGA